GCCGUAUGGUAAAAUUGUAUUCAGGAGUAGUCAUAGCUAAGUUAUAUGGAAUACCUACAGCUUUCUAACGAGACUGCCAUGCUUUAUGUACCAUGUGAUCAAGUACGAUUCCAACUGCUAGCAAUAUCUCUCAACUGUUUCAAUUUCCUAGUCGAUACUUGUCUACCUGUACUCGAGUGGCUGACGCUGAUACAGAUUCUCUUCUUCGAAUAGCUUUACUCCGGUAGACUCUAACUGCGAAAUCAAGGUAUAUUCAGACAUCUCUAGCCC